AUGAAAGAAGUAAUAUCUGUGUUUCCCAAUAAAAUCAACCAUAUACUUACAACAAGAUCAUGGAAUUUUAUUGGAUUUCCUCAAACGGUUAAAAGAGAAAAAAUGGUUGAAAGCGAUAUUAUUAUUGGAGUACUCGAUACUGGAAUAUGGCCAGAAUCGAAUAGUUUUAUAGAUGAAGGAUUUGGACCACCCCCAAGUAAAUGGAAGGGUUCUUGUGAAGGACUAACGAAUUUCACUUGCAAUAACAAAAUAAUCGGAGCAAGGUACUACAAGAAAGAUAAAGACUUUGAAGAAGAUGAAAUUGAGUCUCCUAGAGACACAGAUGGUCAUGGAACUCAUGUAGCAUCAAUUAUAGCUGGUGGCCUUGUUAGUACAAGCUUCUAUGGUCUUGCUAACGGUACAGCUCGAGGAGGAGUCCCAUCUUCGCGAAUCGCGGUAUAUAAAGUAUGUUGGUCAUCCGGUUGCUUAUAUAGCGACAUCAUGACAGCAUUUGAUGAUGCCAUAAACGAUGGGGUUGACAUAAUAUCAUAUUCUCUCGGAGGCAAUGCUAGCGACUAUUUUAAUGAUGCAGUACAUAUUGGAUCUUUUCACGCAAUGACUAAAGGAAUUUUAACUACAAUGGCUGGCGGAAACAAUGGUCCGGAAAUGGGAACUAUAGGUAAUAUUUCUCCAUGGGCACUUACAGUUGCAUCAAGCAGGACUAAUCGUAAAUUUAUUACCAAUCUGAAGUUGGGUGAUGGUACAACAUUAGAGGGAAUUUCAGUGAACACUUUUGAUCCUAAUGGUUUCCCUCCUAUAGUGUAUGGUGCUAAUGUGAAAAAGAAAGGCUUCUGUUUUCCUAGUGUUAGGUUCUGCCUUUCAAAAUCACUUAAUCCAGGGUUGGUAAAGGGUAAAAUUAUAGUUUAUGACGAAUUAAAUACAGGAGAAGAAGCUCUUAUGGCUGGAGCAGUUGGUAUGGUAGUGAUCCGAGAAAAUAUAUCUUCAAUAAAUGCUAAUAUUUUUUCCCUUCCUACAACUUUGGUUGGCGGUGAGGAUGGAAGACAAAUCUUGAACUAUAUUAAUAGAACAAGAAAUGCAACUGCAAACAUAAUGAAGAGCUAUGAAAUUGUUGAUGAGUUUGCACCAUAUAUUUCACCUGACUCGUCUAGGGGACCAAAUACUUUAACAUUUGGCAUCCUCAAGCCGGAUUUGUCUGCACCUGGUGAUAAUAUAUUGGCAGCGUGGACACUUGCGAAUUCUCCUACAAAUCUAAUAAUUGAUAGAAGAAGAGUUCCUUAUUCAAUCCAAUCGGGUACAUCAAUGGCAUGCCCACAUGUUAGUGCCGCAGCUGCUUAUGUCAAAUCUUUUAAUCCAUUGUGGUCUCCAUCAGCUAUAAAAUCUGCCCUUAUGACUACUGCAUUCACCAUGAAUCCAAUGACAACUCUAGAACAAGAAUUUGGUUAUGGGGCAGGACUCAUAAAUCCUAUAGCGGCCAUCGAUCCUGGACUUGUAUAUGAUGCUAAUAAAGAGGAUUAUGUAAUGUUCUUGUGCAGUCUAGGAUAUACCAAUCAACAAAUGCAACAUAUUACGGGUGACAAUAGCACAUGCAACAAGUUUGUGAAACAAUAUGUCUGGAAUCUUAAUUUGCCUUCAUUUUGCUCCCUUACCCUUCCUUUAAAAAAAUUUAAGGUCACAUUUCUUAGGAAAGUUACGAAUGUGGGCUUGACACCGUCUACUUACAAUGUCAAAAUUGAUUCUUCAGAGAAAUUGAAAAUACAAGUUUUUCCCGAUACACUCUCUUUCACUCAUGUCGGACAAACUCAAUCAUUCACGGUGACCGUUGAAGGAAUAAUUUCUCGAUCGACAAUGGCAGAAGCCCUUCCCCUGCUCUCUCUCUCUUCCGAAACCCUCCCGUCGCCGAUCUCCUUCCUUUAUCCGUUGAAUCUGUCGCCGACCGCCGCUCUACUUCAGGUAAGAUCUCUCUCUGAUAACUUAUCAAUUCCUUCCCGUCGUCGUCCUCCAAAUUCUUUCGUGAGCCGUCAACUGUCCUGUCUCCAGAAUUUAGGGUACAAGGAAGUUAGAAGUGAAUGUGAUAUGUUGAGACAUCCAGCUGAUUCAUACACUUGGAAAACGUUUGAUGAGAAGUAUAAGAAUUUCGCGUCGGACCCCUGUAGCGUGAGACUUGGUCCAAAGAAUCCGGGAGAUGCAAUUGACAUAUUUCUACAGCCAUUGAUUGAAGAGUUGACUGAACUAUUGCAUAGUGGUGUGAGAACGUUUGAUGCACACACCAAGAAAUACUUUAAUAUGCGUGCAGCGUUGCUAUGGAUCAUUAACGACUUUCCCGCAUACGCAAAUUUGUCAGGGUGGAGUACAAAAGGGAAACUCGCUUGUCCUUGUUGUAACAAAGACACUAUAUCUCUUCGAUUGGUUAAUUGGAAAAAACAAUGUUACAUGGGUCACCGACGCUUCCUUCCACCAAACCACAAAUACCGGAGGGAUAAAGAGUCGUUUGAUGGUCGAACAGAUUAUAGAGAGCCCUCCAAAAUGUUAACAGGACAAGAAAUUUAUGAGCAAGCACGGGACUUAGAAGGCACUGUUCUAACUACAGAUUAA